GCAGCGGCUUGCUCAAGAAGAAGACGGUGGUGCCGGGCCAGGGGGUGGACACUCGUCCCUGUAAGGGCCAGGAUGUGACCAUCCGCCUGAAGGCCACGCUGGAGGAUGGCAGCGUGGUGGAGGAGAACCCUGCCCUCACCUUUACACUGGGGGACUGCGACGUCUUGCAGGCUCUGGACUUGUGUGUUCAGCUCCUGGAACUCGGGGAGACGGCUUUGAUCGUGUCAGACGCAAAGUACUGCUACGGCGCUCAGGGCAGGAGCCCGGACAUCCCACCCAACGCAGCCCUCACCCUGGAGGUGGAGCUGCUGGCGGCUCGGGACGCGCCAGACCUGGAGCUGCUCGGUGGGAAGGAGAAGAUAGAGCUGGCCAACCGCAAGCGGGAGCGCGGCAACUUCUUCUAUCAGCAGGCAGAUUACGUGCUGGCCAUCAACUCCUACGACAUCGCUCUCAAGGUUAUCGGCUCCAGCUCGAAAGUCGACUUCAGCCCGGAGGAAGAGGCUGAGCUGCUGGACGUGAAGGUGAAAUGUCUCAACAACCUGGCAGCCUCUCAGCUUAAGUUGGACCAUUACGAGGCGGCCCUGAAGUCCUGUAACCUCGUCCUGGAGCACCAGCCAGGGAACAUCAAGGCUCUGUUCCGAAAGGGCAAGGUCCUGGCUCAGCAGGGCGAGUACAGAGAAGCCAUUCCCAUCUUAAAGGCGGCGUUGAAGCUGGAGCCUUCGAACAAGCACGCGGACCAGAAGAACAUAGAGACGGAGAUGUACAGGAAGAUGUUGGGGAAUCCCAGCGCUGCCAGCACCCCGGGGAAGUGCAAAGACAAGCUGCCCUGG